AUGUCCUCGAUACUUCUCCGAUUAUCAAUGCUCGCUCGCCACUACUCAAUUGGACUCCAAGUCAGACAAGCAAUGGAAACAGAGAUUAAAGCUCUUGGGGAUAAUCAGACUUGGAUUCUAACUGAGUUACCAGAAGGUAAAGUUCCCAUUGGUUGUAAAUGGGUCUACAAAAUUAAAUAUAAAACUGAUGGUACAAUCGAGCGGUAUAAAGCUUGUCUUGUUGCCAAAGGUUUUACUCAACAAGAAGGUCUUGAUUAUCAUGAAACAUUUGCACCUGUGGCUAAAUUGGUUACUUUGAGGUGUUUGUUAGCAGUGGCAGCGAAUCAAAAUUGGUCUUUGCAUCAGUUGGAUGUUCAAAAUGCUUUCUUACAUGGUGACUUACAUGAAGAAGUAUAUAUGAAAAUACCACUUGGUUUUUCUCGUCAUGGGGAGAAUCGUGUUUGUAAAUUGCAGAAAUCAUUAUAUGGUCUAAAGCAAGUCUCUCGCAAUUGGUUUGCUAAACUUUCUAGUGCGUUAUUGGAGGUGGGUUUCUUGAGUUCUCCUGUGGACCCUUCACUUUUUACUCGGAUUAAUGGUGCUAUUAAAAUGUUUGUCCUUGUAUAUGUUGAUGAUAUCAUAGUUACAGGGAAUGAUGUAGCUGCUAUUUCCUCUCUUAAGUCAUUCUUGCACAGCAGAUUCCAUAUGAAAGAUCUUGACAUUCUUCGUGAUUCCGGUUACAUGGGUUGCAAACCUUGUGCAUUUCCCACGGAUCAAAAUAUCAAGCUUGAUACAUCUUCUGGUGAGUUGUUGUCUGAUCCAUCACUUUAUCGUCGGCUCGUUGGUCGACUUUUAUAUCUCACCAUCACACGGCCAUAUAUCACAUAUGCUGUUAAUCUUCUUAGUCAGUUCAUGCAUGAACCACGGCAGCCUCACCUGGAUGUCGCCAUUCAAGUUUUGCGUUAUCUCAAGUCCACACCUGGUCAUGGUCUUCUCUUACCAGCCUCUGGAACUCUUCAACUCACAGCAUACUGUGACUCAGAUUGGGCUUCUUGUCCCAUAACAAGACGGUCUACUACUGGUUAUUGUGUUUUUCUUGGUGGCAGUCUUAUUUCCUGGCGUACCAAAAAGCAGCAUGUUGUCUCUCGCUCUUCCACUGAAGCAGAGUAUCGAGCCAUGGCGUCUGUUACUUGUGAACUUACUUGGCUUCGAUCCUUACUUCGUGUUUUGGGUAUUUCACAUCCUCAGCCUUCCUUGCUUUUCUGUGAUAACCAAGCUGCUCUUCAUAUUGCAGCUAAUCCUGUUUUUCAUGAGCGCACCAAGCAUAUUGAGAUAGAUUGUCAUCUAGUUCGUGAAAAAUUACAAGAAGGUCUUCUAUCUACUGGUUUCCUGCAACUGCAACAGUUUCCUGCAACUGCAACAGUUUCUGAAACAGAGGAUUCUGGAGCAGAUUUUUGAUGCAACAAAUUUGAAUUUUGAAAGUAGUUUGUUUUGCUAUUUUGAUUUUCUGUUUAGAUAAAGAUAAGGAUUAGCUUUCCUUGAUUUUCUCCUUUUAUUUGCAAACUAUGUAAUUGCUUCACAUCCAGGCUUGUAUAUAUAUAUUGUAUCUGUCACUCACGAUGAAUAUAUAAAAAAUCUUUCA